CCUCGGCAGAGUUCCCCAGUGGCGUGUUUUCUGUGUCACGAGAGCGUAGCGCCAAAAAGCCACGUUUUGCUAAAGCUCCGCGUGCGUUCGUACACUGCAGAACCAGAGACGUUCAAACUGAGUUGGGAUCUGUGACGGCUCUUCAUGGCAGUCAGAAGGGGACACGUUAGAUACUUAAAAGAGGUCUAUGACAUGUCGAACGGUUACGAAGAUCACAUGGCCGAUGAGCCUAAAGAUUCUAAAACUAAUCUCAUCAUCAACUACUUGCCUCAGAAUAUGAGCCAAGAUGAGCUGCGGAGUCUCUUCAGCAGCAUUGGGGAGGUGGAGUCUGCUAAACUUAUUCGGGACAAAGUAGCAGGCCACAGUUUAGGGUACGGAUUUGUUAACUAUCUUAACCCUAGUGAUGCAGAAAGAGCAAUCAGUACUCUCAAUGGAUUGAGACUACAGUCUAAAACUAUCAAGGUGUCAUAUGCCAGGCCAAGCUCUGACACCAUAAAGGAUGCCAAUCUUUACAUCAGUGGGCUGCCUAAAACAAUGUUGCAGAAGGACGUUGAAGAAAUGUUUACACGUUAUGGCAGAAUAAUCAACUCCCGCGUCCUUGUCGAUCAAGCAUCAGGACUCUCUCGUGGUGUGGCUUUUAUUCGUUUUGACAAAAGAGCGGAGGCAGAGGAUGCAAUUAAGGACUUAAAUGGGCAGAAGCCACCAGGCGCUGCAGAGCCAAUCACUGUAAAGUUUGCUGCUAGUCCCAACCAAGUGAAAAACUCACAAAUUAUUCCACCAGUUUACCACACACAGCCUCGCCGCCUCGGGGGGCCCGUCCACCACCAGGCCCAGAGAUUCAGGUUCUCUCCAAUGAGUGUGGACCACAUGAGUGGCAUGUCUGGCGUUAACAUGCCUGGAAACUCCUCAUCAGGCUGGUGUAUUUUCGUCUAUAACCUGGGUCAGGAUGCAGAUGAGGGCAUUUUGUGGCAGAUGUUUGGGCCCUUCGGUGCUGUCACAAAUGUUAAAGUGAUCCGCGACUUCAACACCAACAAGUGCAAAGGAUUUGGGUUUGUUACCAUGACAAACUAUGAAGAGGCAGCCAUGGCUAUCGCCAGCCUCAACGGCUAUCGCCUCGGGGACAAGAUUUUACAAGUGUCGUUCAAAACGAGCAAGUCGCACAAGUAGAAAGCAGGGCUGCCAGGAAAAUGAAGGAGAGAGAUGUUGUCUGAGAAGCCAGAGAAAUUGGCUCAGUUUCGAAAAAGAAAAACUAUUAUUUUUAGUGUAAUCAAGUCUUUGCAAAUGUUCACAUUCAAGUCUCGUUUAGACAUCUGUUUGACAGUUUCUUUUCGUUUCUUUUAAGAUUCAAUCUGUUGGAUGCUUCAAAUGCAAGUGUUUUAGGCGUUCUGGUGUAUCUCGAUAUUUGACCAAUUUCGCAUUUGAUACAAAUUGGCAUCUCUGAUGUUAGCGUGAUAUUGUCGCUAUAUAUGUGCCAUAUAUGGUCAUUCAUCAGAAGCUGGAUUUAAAACUCAGAUUUUUGUCUUUCUUUUGUCAGUAUCUACAUCCUACAUAGCUCUUCAGUAUUUAUGAUGCCUUAAUUUGAAGUCAUUUUUCCUCUUUGCCCUCAAUAAUGUAGCACUUUUUGGUUUGGCAGGAAUCUAACAAUCCAUCUCAAGACAGUUUGUUUGGUUAUUGAAACCUGAGUUUUAAAUGCAGCAUGCUGAGUGAUCUUUUGAGAAAAAGGUAAUGGUAAAGAAAGCAGAGUGUUCAGUAAGAGGAAAAUCUUUAACUCGCUUGUUAAUUUUGUAAGGGACCCUCUGAAUAGACUGAACUAAGAAGGACCAAAGACAUGAAUGGAUGGUUUAGCUUCCCCCAGCAGAGGUGCAGGUUGCACAUCCCUAAGCAUAUUCCAAAAAAAAUUGGACACCUGAAUACUAGGUACUGAGUAUUUAUGUAAAAAUGUAAUCCCAUUUGAGCAUCAGCAUCCUAUGUUUAUGAUUUGCGUUUUCUUUCAUUUUGUUUCUCUAGGGUAAAACAUACUUCAAGAUUAGUUUGGUUAUUUGAGAAUAGAUAUCCAGUACUAAUGCAUAUGCUUUUUAAGACUGCCUUGUGAUACUUUUGUGUUUUGUUCUUUUCUUUUUUGCUUUUGUGUUCCUUUUGAAAUCUUUUGUUUUGUUUCACAUGGCAUUUACAAUCAUUAAAUUUUAUUUUGUUUUGCUCAACGUUUUGUUUUGUUUCUUUAUUUUAUCUUUUAAUCUGUUCUUUAAUUUAUCCAUUUAUAGGUGCAGUGCAGUUUAAGUCAACAAAGGACCAUAUCCAGAGUUUCAGAGUUUUUCUUUAGAAAUGAGAAAUAUUAGAUAUACCACAUUUCAUGAUUUUAUUUAUUUUUUUAUUAUUUGAGAAUUUUGAUGUAUUUUAGCAUUCAUAUCAGGCAUCGGACCAAAUAGUAAAUAUACAACUUAGCUCUCUGACAAUGGUUGACUUUGAUUUGGCCACUAGUUUGCUGUUUAUUUAGUGGUUCCUAUCCAACUUGGUUUUCAGCUGUCGAUCCCACCAAUGAGCAUUCGUGAAGCAAGUUGUACCGUCAUGCCCCUGAGGUCUUCCAGAUAUAGGCUUGUAAAACCCCACACAGCUUCUCCUGUAGUUAGACAAACCCAUGAAUUUCCCAAGAUGCCUUGUGUAAGAUUUUUUGAUCAUGUUUCGGCACAGACAGUUCUUAUGCUCCCUCUGCUACAAGACUUAAGGUUGGUAUUUUGUGUGUGUGUGUGCGCGUGCAUAUUUAUAUUAAUGGUGACUUACAUUUAAUCCUAAUUGUCUGUUUUUGUACAGUGACACACUAUAUUCUAUCUCGUCAAGUUUGUAAUAAGCAACAGUUUACUAUACGUGGAUCAACCAGUGUCAUCUGUUACUUUAUGGUUCAUGUGAACCUAUUAGCAGCUUUACAGCCACUGUUGGUUACAUGUUCUUGGUAUGAAACACUUAACCGUGGCAUUCUCUUUGUGCACGUUUUGGCAUAUGUGCAAUAUUUCGUAAUAAUUGGUAGUAAUUAUAGCAACUUUUCCCUGUCCAUCUUUUUUUGAUAUCCUGAUGUUUCAAAGUUUACCUUGCAGAGUCAACAGAGAUGCCAGUUAUAAGAAAUAUAAAGUAGAAUUUACUGAAUGGUUGUUUGUUUUAAGCCUUAAUUUAUGUAGGAAAUACCGGAGAUUACUGAAUGGUGGAAUUUAUUUAUUUAGCUUACCGUGUACGGUUUUAUGUGUUGAUAUUGAAGAGUGUCUUAAUUUUAUUAUUUUUUUUUUAUGAAAUACUUAUUGAUUCUACAGCGAACAUCUGUUAUGAACUACUGUCUAACAUGUAGAUGUGAAAUAAAAUAUCAGGCAUCGCUGCAAAUCUGGAAA